GUGAACCGUACAGAUAUAAAUAAAUAAUUCUGUAGGAAGAUAAAAGAACAAGAAAAUGAGAUUAGCUUCCAAAAUUUCAAUCGUGAUUGUAUUUUUAUCGUUAGAAAAUUCAAUUUAUGGAGCACGCACAAUUCUCGAGCACAGGAAUCAAAUGAGAGACAAGUUACAGCAAAGACAAAAACGUUGGCUUGUUUUCCCACCGAAUGGUGGCACGGCAAAAUAUGUUGCUGGAUACCUUGGACCAAUCGACACACCCAAAUAUAUAAAUUGCAAUGCAAUUAGAAAUUUUCAAUAUCAGUAUGAUUUACCAUCGAAUUUAUCGCAAGUUUAUGCUACAAAAUCAUCAUGGACACGUCCAAAAUCAAGAAGCUUAGAUUAUCAACCGGAUAUAAAGCCCGACUUGUCACGUAAAAUUGCUUACGAGAUGAUUGAAGAGAUUCUUACAAAAGAUGGUAAAAAUGGACAUGAGUGCUUGUUGAGGACAAUUUGUGAAGUUGCUGAAACUCCAUUGCGACAUAAUGGAUUCAUUGGUGAACUUUUAGAGGUUUUCUUCACCCCAGGAGAGCACGAGAUUAUUCAUAAUGACUACCAGGAUGCUAGACAAGCGGGUCUCAAUCACAUUGAUUGUAUCAAAAUGUAUCCGGAUUGUUCGUUUGGCGAUGGCAUUUUAGACACAUUUUCAAUUAUUAAGGACUAUCAGUUUGAAAAUGUUUUGUAUUAUUGACAUGUAGGCAUGCACAACUCAAAUCGGAUUACUUUUAAAUAAAAUUUUGUGAUUUAUUGAC